AUGAGCAGCGACGACACCGUUGCCCAAAUCAUCGUCAACAGCCUGUACAAUGCCGGCGUGCGCCUGGUGUUUGGGGUUCCCGGGGCCAAGAUCGACGCCAUCUUCGACUGCCUGAUGGACCACCCGGAGAUCAAGCUCGUCGUGGCGCGGCACGAGCAAAACGCCGCGUUCAUGGCCGCCGCCGUGGGUCGCAUCACGGGCAUCCCGGGGGUGUGCAUCGGCACCAGCGGUCCCGGGGCGUCGAACCUCGCGACGGGGCUCGUGACGGCGACGACGGAAAACGACCCCGUGGUGGCCCUGGUGGGCUCGGUUCCGCGGCACAUGAACCUCAAGCGCACGCACCAGAGCAUGCGCGCGCUCGACAUCCUGGGCCCGACGGCGAAGGCGGCCGUGGGCAUCGACGUCGAGGACCAGGCCGCCGAGGUGCUGGUCAACGCGUUCCGCACCGCCAACGCCGCGCCCAAGGGCGCCGCCGUCAUCUCGAUCCCGCAGGACGUCGCGAGGAACAAGUCGACCAUCCUGCCCUUUCCCAGCGCCGCGUUCGUGCCGCCUCUGUACGGCCCCGCGGCGCUGCCGAAGCUCGACCAGGUCGUGCGGAUGAUCGAGGGCGCCAAGUUGCCCGUGCUGUUUCUGGGCAUGAGGGCGAGUAGUCCGCGCGUGGUCGGGGCGGUGCGACGCCUGCUCUCGAAAUUCCCGCUGCCGACAAUCGAGACCUUCCAGGCCGCCGGCGCCGUGCCCAGGGAGCUGGUGCACCUGUUCUACGGCCGCGUGGGCCUGUUCCGGAACCAGGUCGGCGACAAGCUCCUCUCGCGCUCGGACCUGGUGCUCGCCGUGGGCUACGACCCCGUCGAGUACGACGCCAAUCUGUGGAACCCGCACGGCGCCGCCAACAUCGUGCACAUCGACUUCACCGCCUGCGACUACGGCACCUACUACCACCCAGUCCAAGAGCUGUUGGGUUCCGUCGUCGAGAACAUCUCGUACCUGGCCGACCACCUCUCCCGCAUCUCCGAACCCUCUACCAUCUCGCAACUCUGUCAGGGUCUGAGCGACGAGUAUACCCUGUGGCAGGAGAGGCCCGAGGCGAAAGGCUCAUCGAACCCGGCGGGGCUGGUCCAUCCGCUGCAUUUCAUCACCACCUUGCAGCGGAUGGUGGACAAGGAUACUACUGUCUGUGUGGAUGUGGGUUCUGUGUACAUCUACUUUAUGCGAUUCUUCUUCGCCUACGAGCCGCGCCGGCUGCUGUGUUCCGACGGCCAACAAACCCUCGGCGUCGCGCUCCCCUGGGCCAUCGCGGCCUCCCUGACCCAAACCCCAACGCCCUGCUCUGAGAAAGUAAUCUCCGUCUCCGGCGACGGCGGCUUCAUGUUCUCGGCCCAGGAACUCUCCACGGCCGUCCAACAAGGGUGCGACAUCACGCACGUCAUCUGGAACGACCACGCCUACAACAUGGUCGAGUUCCAGGAGGUGAUGAAGUACGGGCGCGCCAGCGGCGUCAAGCUCGGCGGCGUGGACUUUGUGGCAUUCGCGGCGAGUUUUGGCGCCAAGGGGUUCCGUGUCGAGAGGGCCGAUCAGCUUGAGCGCACGCUCGGGGAGGCGCUGGCGUAUAAGGGCGUGAGUAUUGUGGAUGUGCAGAUUGAUUAUUCGGGGAAUAUCGAGUUGGCCAAGAAUGUGAUUGCGGAUGAGUGGAAUUGA